AUGAAAUUAGAAAAUAUUACUAAAGAAGAUGCAAUUUUAAAUGUUCAUAUGUUAAAUGAUUUAUUAAUUAAUUCAAAUAUACCAUCUAUUGAAGGUAGUUCCUUACCAAUAAAUUGUAUGAUUAAUUUCGAUACAAAAUUUGAAGAUAAAAAUGCUUUUAUAAUAGUACAAUCAAAAUUUAUUGAAGAAGCUUCAAGAUAUGGUGAGUUAAAUAAUUUAUUAGAUGAUGGUUUCAAGUAUGCCAGAAUGCUUUAUACAUGGCGUUGUUGUACUAGAGCAAUACCAAUGGCAAAAUCAAAUGAUCAAAUUAAUAGAAAUGAAAUGAAUAAAAAAAUUAUUGAAGUUCUUAAACCUGAAGUUGAGAAAUUGUAUAAUUUUCUUGAUUUUAUUAAUAAAGGUGUAUCACAAUUUUUGGAGGAAGUUAAAAGAUUAUCUAUUGGUGGUAAAAUUAAUGAUUUUAUCUCAGAGGGUUAUCUUAUUAUGUUAGGUAAUAUUCUUAAUAUGUUUAUCAUUCUUGAUGAAUUAAAAAAUAUGAAAUCAAGUAUAAAGAAUGACUUUUCUACUUUUAAAAGAGCUAUUCAAUUUUUGGAGUCAGAUUCAAAUUCACUUCAUCAAAUGCAAGAACUUUCAAUGUUUUUAGCUAUUCAAAAUAAGAUAAAAGAUGACUUAAGAAGUCAAUUACAAUUAAUCAACGGUUAUGAAGAAUUAUUAUGUGAUAUAAUCAAUAAUUGUGUUUACCUUUUUGAGAAUCAAAUGUAUCUUACUCCAAAUGAAAAACAUAUGCUUGUUAAUGUCAUAAGUUUUUCAUUAUAUUUGAUUGAUUCUCCAAAUAUAAUUUUGAAUAAAUUAGAGUGUAAAAAACGUAUUCCAAUAAAUUCAAUUGAUAAAAUAUUUAAAAGUUUAACUGUUGUACCACUUUUUGGUGAUAUGCAUAUAGAACCUUUUUCUUUUAUUAAAAAAAGUAUUAAUUAUGAUCCUUCUAAAUGGCCUUUAUCAAAUAAAGAAGUUGGUAAAAUUCAAGUAGAUAUAACUGAACGUGUUAAAAUUAUCCGCCAACAACAUGACAAAUAUUUGGCAUAUUUUAUGACAAUUAAAAUUGAAAUGGAUUUGAUUGAUAAAACAUUUCAAAAUACCAAUAAUAAAAAUCAAGAAAUUACUCAAUUAAUAUUGUCUGGUAUUCAAUUACUUUCAUCAUGGUCAAGUGAUGUUAUUGAAACUGUUUCAUGGAAAUUACUACAUCCAACAAAUAAUGAAAAAAAUGAAGAAUGUCCAGGUGAUGCUGAGGAGUAUGAAAGAGCAACCAAAUAUAAUUAUAAUUUUGAAGAAAAAAAUGCACUUAUAGAAAUUAUUGGAAUGAUAAAAGGUUUACAAAAAAUAUUACUUAAAGAUAUCAAACAAUUUAUGGGCGCAAUUAAUUAUUAUUUAUAUACAGAGUUACAAAACUUUGUUCAGGUAACUUUAAAAGAACCUCUUAUAAAAGCUACAAAAGGAAAAAAAGAUAUAAUCAAAAGGAUAAUAUUAGCAAUAAUUGAAACUUGUGCUGAUUAUAAUUCAAAUCAAUCUAAUCAAAUAGGUGAACAACUAAUAGAGAAAUCUAAAGUAAAAGGUAAAAAAAAAUUAAUAAAUUUGGAGAAUACAAAUUGUAUUGAUAAUUUGUCAUUUUCUAAAAAAAAUGUACCUCCAAGUACAACACAACUUUAUUUAACAAGAACGAUGUUAGAAAGUCUAAUUUCUGAACGUUGUGGUGGUGAAAAAAAAUGUUUACGAAAAGAUAUUGAUCAUAAACAUAUUGAUAAAAUGGCAGACUUUUUAAAAAAAUCUUUCUAUUGGAGAUAUUUAUUGAAUAUUGAAAAAUAUUUAUUUGAAUGUUGUGAUCUUAGUCAAUUAUGGUUUAGAGAAUUUUAUCUAGAAAUGACAAUGGGAAAAAGAAUUCAAUUUCCUAUUGAAAUGAGUUUUCCAUGGAUUUUAAUUGAUCAUAUCUUAUCAAAUUUAGACCAAUAUUAUUUAAUACAAUACAUUUUAUAUCAAUUUGAUCUUUAUAAUGAUGCAGCAUAUUUUUCACUUACAAAAUUUAAAACUAAAUUUUUGUAUGAUGAAUUGGAAAGUGAAGUUAACUUAUGUUUUGAUCAAUUUAUUUUUAAAUUAUCAAAUGGUGUUUUUACACAUUAUAAACAAGUUGCUUCCUCCUAUCUUUUAGAUAAAAAAUUUAAAACAAAAUGUAAAAAUAUGGGAAUAGUAAUUAGAUCACCUGAAGCAUCAAGAUUUGGUAUUAUAUUAGCACAAAAAAAUGUACAAAUUUUAGGAAGAUAUGUUAAUAUUAAUAAACUUGUUUCUCAACGAAUAAAUAUUGCAAUAUACCAUUCAUUAGAUGUAGCUAUUUUGAAUUUUGAAUCUGAACCACUUAUAGGUAUAGUAAAAUUAGAACAUUUAAUUGAUGUCAACAGAAUUUGUCAUGAAUUACUUAAGAAACAUCUUCCUACUUUGACUGACUUUAAUGAUAUACUUAUGGAAGUUAAUGAAUAUGUUACAAAUAACAUUGGUAGAAUUGGUCUUCAUAUAUUUUAUGAAUUAAAUUAUGAUAUUUUUCCAAAUUAUUGUUACAAUACAACAACAAGAAGAUUUAUCAAAGGAAGUAUAAAUUUUAAAAAAGUUCCAGAACGUAUUAAAUCAACCACCUGUGACUAUCAAUAUGAAUUUGGAAAUAAAAUAUUUAAUGCUGCAAUCGAAAAUAUCUCAAAAAUGUAUUCUAAUUUUAUUGGAAACUUUCAUUUACAAAUAAUUGUACGUCUUCUGGAUUACCAAGAAAUUGCCAUUAUUUUAAAAGAAUUCAUCUCAAUAAUUAAUUUACUUUUAUCUGGAAAAUUAAAAGAACACAUUAACGAAGUUAUGCUUUAUAUACCAAAAACAUGUAAAUUACCUUUAAGUAAUUAUGGAUCAUCAGCUGUUAUGGAGUAUUACAUUCACCAUACAAAAGAUAUUCAUAAUUAUAAAGAAUUUUAUAAUGGUUUCAGUCAACAAUUACGAAUUUUUGGAAAUAUUUUUAUAUUUAUUGACUUAUUAGAAGAGGCUUUAAGUCAAGAAGAAGUAUUGGAUUUAUAUCAUACAAAUACUUUUACUUAUGAUAUUUUAAGAAGUAAUGUAACUAAAAAUAUUGAAAAAGAUCUUCAAGAAUUUGAAAAACAAUAUAAAUCACUAAACUUUAUUAAUAUUGUCAAUCUUUAUGGAACAGAAGAACAAAUUCUAGCAGCAAGAGAAUCAGAAAUAUUAACAAAUGAAAAAUUUUCUAUGGGUUUUAAUAUUCUAGAAUACUUUAUUAAAUAUGUCAAAGAUAUUGUAAUUUAUGAUACACUAUUUACAGGAAACUAUCCAACAAAUGGUGUUAUGAAUGUUGAUGAGUGUAAUGAAUUUUAUAGAUUAUGGAGUGUAGUUCAAUUUACUAUUUGUUCAAAUUUUCCUAAACAAUCUAAUAAAGUUAAUGAAAAAAAGAAUAAUAAAAAUGUUGAUAAAUUAGAAUUAAUGCCUUUUGAAUUAAUAUUUGGUGAUGGAAUUCACUGGGGUGCAUGUAUUCUUAUUUAUGUUCUUGAUCAAGAACAUCGUUUUAAUGUUUUAGAUUUUUCUUAUCAUUUAGAAAAAAUUUACAAAGGAGAAUAUAAGAAUAAGGAAUCUAAAAAUAUAAAUUUGAAAAAAAUUAUUUCUCGAAUACAUAAUGUAGAACAAUUAAAUAAUCAAAUAUUUACCUUUCUUAGGAAGUUAAUAGAUUUUAAAAAUUGUGAUAGAGAUAUUAAAGAAUAUCCUACACCACAAUAUCAUAAUUAUUGA